CUUGGAGAAGAAGAAGAUGGUGUCGAUGAUCAGCCGCUUCCGCCUGCCGCGGGACCUCAAGACGCUCUCGUGGCGCUUCGAGCACCCCUUUCGCUGGUCCACAAUUCGGAACCUCGUCUUCCAUCCGUUCAACUGGGCUCUCUCGACACUCAGCCUCGUCCUCGUGCUCGGCUCGGUGCUCUCGCAUCUCUCGUUUUACGCGCUCACGACACUCAAGUUUGGCCUCGAAGAGAACUCGAGCGAGGUUGACAUUACCAUUCCCCACAGCAUCAAGCACGCUGCGACCACCGACCUCGUCGUGCACGAGUACUUUCAGCUCGAGCGCAACGAGGACGACAGCAGCGCGAUGGCCGGCGUCGACCUGCGCCUCAAGUACACCAUCGCGCACUCGAAAGCGUCGUUCGAAGUGUACCUUGCAGUUCUCUACUUUGUGUCGCUCAAGCCCAUUGUCGCAACCGUCUUCUUUACGCUGGGCCCUAUCUUGUUGCUAAGCACGUUGAUCAGCAUCUUCCAGCCCGGUCCCAGCGACGUCGCGCUCUUCGUGUCUCUCAUCGAAACAUACGGCGGUGUUGCGCUCUCUUCCGAAGAGGAGGCAUGGAUCGCCGGCAGUCAGCAUGUCUUUCUCGUGCUCUUCUCGCUCAUCGUGACCGAGUUCUCGGCCGCUGUGUCCCACGACCUCAUGCGACUCUUCUGCUGCGAGUGGCGCAUCGUCUACGACGAAGACCACGAAAAUCAAGUCGCGUCUGAGUCGACACCGUUGCUGUUGUAGCAUGCUGUCAUGUAUCACUCGAAGCAUAAAUCCCACUUUAUUCUUAUGUGUCG